GGGGGCUGCGCCUGCGUGUGGGCGGGAGUCCUGGGCGGCGGCGCUGGGCUAGGGCGGCUCUUCGCUGAGCGGCGGCCGCUCCUUCCCGGCCUCCCGGCCGCAGUCCCGCCUGGCAGAGGAUGAAGGGAAGCCCUCGGGCGCUGCGGUCCGAGGCGAGAGACGGCGUCCCUCUCCGCCCCUCGGCUCCCGGCGCCGCAGAGCCCUGCCCAGGCCGCGGGACGGUGAUGCUCUGGCCGGGCGGGUGGGCGCGGCCCCCUACGUCCCGCUGAAAAUGUGUAUCUGAAAUGCGAGGUCAGCAAGGCAGAGACCUGUGGAUUGCUGUGCCCUGCCUUCCGAACCUGGAUCAUGAAGGUGUUGGGAAGAAGCUUCUUCUGGGUGCUGUUUCCCGUCCUUCCCUGGGCGACUCAGGCUGUGGAGCACGAGGAGGUGGCACAGCGUGUGAUCAAACUGCACCGUGGGCGAGGGGCAGCCGCCACUCAGAGCCGGCAGUGGGUCCGGGACAGCUGCAGGAAGCUCUCAGGGCUUCUCCGCCAGAAGAAUGCGGUUCUGAACAAACUAAAAAAUGCAAUUGGAGCAGUGGAGAGAGACGUGGGCCUGUCGGGUGAAGAGAAACUGUUUCAGGUGCACACAUUUGAAAUCUUCCAGAAAGAGUUGAAUGAAAGUGAAAAUUCCGUUUUCCAAGCCAUCUACGGACUGCAGAGAGCCCUCCAGGGAGAUUACAAAGAUGUCGUGAACAUGAAGGAGAGCAGCCGGCAGCGCCUGGAGGCCCUGAGAGAGGCAGCAAUAAAGGAAGAAACAGAGUAUGUGGAACUUCUGGCGGCAGAAAAACAUCAAGCUGAAGCGCUUAAGAAUAUGCAGCAUCAGAACAAAAGUUUAUCCAUGCUUGAUGAAAUCCUUGAAGAUGUGAGAAAGGCAGCAGAUCGUCUGGAGGAAGAGAUCGAGGAACAUGCUUUUGAUGACAAUAAAUCCGUCAAGGGGGUCAAUUUUGAGGCAGUUCUGAGGGUGGAGGAAGAAGAGGCCAAUUCUAAGCAAAACAUGACAAAACGGGAAGCGGAGGACGACCUGGGCCUUAGCAUGCUGAUUGACUCCCAGAACAACCAGUAUAUUUUGACCAAGCCCAGAGAUUCAACCAUCCCACGCGCAGAUCACCACUUUAUAAAGGACAUUGUUACCAUCGGGAUGCUGUCCUUGCCUUGUGGCUGGCUAUGUACAGCUAUAGGAUUACCUACAAUGUUUGGUUAUAUUAUUUGUGGUGUACUUCUGGGACCUUCAGGACUAAAUAGUAUUAAGUCUAUUGUGCAAGUGGAGACAUUAGGAGAAUUUGGGGUGUUUUUUACUCUUUUUCUUGUUGGCUUAGAAUUUUCUCCAGAAAAGCUAAGAAAGGUGUGGAAGAUCUCCUUACAAGGGCCAUGUUACAUGACAGUGUUAAUGAUUGCAUUUGGCUUGCUGUGGGGGCAUCUCUUGCGGAUCAAACCCACGCAGAGCGUCUUCAUUUCCACGUGUCUGUCCUUGUCAAGCACGCCCCUCGUGUCCAGGUUCCUCAUGGGCAGUGCUCGGGGUGACAAAGAAGGCGACAUUGACUACAGCACGGUGCUCCUCGGCAUGCUGGUGACGCAGGACGUGCAGCUCGGGCUCUUCAUGGCUGUCAUGCCGACCCUCAUACAGGCGGGCACCAGUGCGUCUUCUAGCAUUGUCAUGGAAGUUCUGCGAAUACUGGUUUUGAUUGGCCAGAUUCUUUUUUCGCUAGCAGCAGUUUUUCUUUUAUGUCUUGUUAUAAAGAAGUAUCUCAUCGGACCAUAUUAUCGGAAGCUGCACGUGGAAAGCAAGGGGAACAAAGAAAUCCUGAUCUUGGGAAUAUCUGCCUUUAUCUUCUUAAUGUUAACGGUCACGGAGCUGCUGGACGUCUCCAUGGAGCUGGGCUGUUUCCUGGCUGGAGCGCUGGUCUCCUCUCAGGGCCCUGUGGUCACCGAGGAGAUCGCCGCCUCCAUUGAACCCAUCCGUGACUUUCUGGCCAUCAUUUUCUUCGCCUCAAUAGGGCUCCACGUGUUCCCCACCUUUGUGGCGUAUGAGCUCACGGUGCUGGUAUUCCUCACCUUGUCAGUGGUGGUCAUGAAGUUUCUUCUGGCGGCACUGGUCCUGUCUCUCAUUCUGCCGAGGAGCAGCCAGUACAUCAAGUGGAUCGUCUCUGCAGGGCUCGCCCAGGUCAGCGAGUUUUCCUUUGUCCUGGGGAGCCGGGCGCGAAGAGCCGGCAUCAUCUCUCGGGAGGUGUACCUCCUUAUACUGAGUGUGACCACACUCAGCCUCUUACUCGCCCCGGUGCUGUGGAGAGCUGCAAUCACUAGGUGUGUGCCCAGACCAGAGAGACGGUCCAGCCUCUGACUGCACGGAGAUGAUGGACCUUGGAAGAGAAGCCUGUGAGGAGUAAGCACGUAGAUGGCCGGCAGCUGCUCCUUCUGGGAAGCUUGUACCUUGGCAACAGAACAGCUCUCUAGCAAAGCAUCAGUGCAGUCGUGUUUUCCCAGCUUUUACAGAAUAUUCCCGUUCUAUUUUAGAAUUUUCCAGAGUAGUUUAUUUGGGGUCAGUUGAUUAUGUGCAGUAGACCUGGGAUGCUGCGUUUUACCAGUCGCCUUUAAUGUGUUGCCUGGAUGUGCCUUUUUUUUUUUUUUUUUGCUGAAAUUAUUAUUGAUUUUGUAUUGUGAGUUCAUCAGUUCGUGUUUUUUUUUUUUUGUAAUGAAGCAAAAUUAGAAGGCUUUUAAAAAUGUACAACUUCAGAAUUAUAAUCUGUUGGUCAAAUAUUUGUUAUUGAACAUCUCUGUGAUAUGAAGUUGUAAUCCUGGCAAUCAGCUUGGAAGCUUACUUUUGAUUCUUAAAGUCUAUGUUUUCUAAAAUGAGACAAAUAUGGAUGUCUAUUUUCCUUUUAUUAUAACUAUUUUAAAUAAAAUACUUUCAUGUCAAUUUCUAUUGGAUGUAUCACUUAAAAUAUUUGGUUUUGAAUCAGAAGAACAUGCAUUCUUUAAUAAAGAUAAUUUAUGAUCAGGGUAUAAUUAAUUGAAACAUUAAAAUCUGUUUAUAUUAA